UGCCGAGGUACUCAUGACUUUAAUACUGUAAUAGUAAUUAUUCUGUAAACCACAAAAAUACCAAACACAAAUAUACUACAAAUGUAGUAAACUCGUUAAAUAUAAAUAUUUCUAAAAUUAUUGAAAGUUGAAACUUGUGUCAUGAAACCCGGUUAACAUUUUAUUGAAAAAUCAUUGUCUAUGAUGGAUACCUCUGUAAAAGCCGACGAAGCUCAAAACUCUUUAUUACCGCGGGAUGGCGACAAUAAACUUAAAUUAUUUGAAAAAAUUGUCUAUUUUGCUAGUGGUUCGAUUGGCGACGAAGCAUUAUUGGCUCUCAAAAAUAGCAAUGCUGAAUCAACAUGUUUGUUGUCUGAUUCUGUUACACAUUGUAUUGUCGGAAAAAAUUAUGUUGAAGAUGAUGUGAGUGCUGCAAGAGAAUUAUAUGAUGUGACGACCGUAACUCCAGAAUGGAUCCGUAUGUCUGUUUUAUGCAACAAACUACUACCAACAAAACCGUUUAAUCCAUUUGAAGAUAAUUUAUUUAGUGGAUUAAUUGUAUGUGUAUCUCAACAGAUAGUAAAUGAUUGUAAACUCCUAUGGGCACUAGUUACCUAUAAUGGUGGUACUUUCCAACUAACAUUGAAUCUUAAAAAAACUACUCAUCUGGUGGUGACCAAACCAUUUGGGAAAAAAUAUGAUGCAGUUUUAUCAAGUGGUUCAGAUAAGAUCAAAAUUGUAACACCUGAUUGGAUUAUUGAUUGUUUGAAGAACAAAGAAUUAUGUCCUGAAACUAAUUAUCAUCCUAGACUUCUUGUCAUGCCUAAAUUACUACCUACAAAUCAAUCUUUUAAAUUACAAACUAGUGGCUUGUCAACAAUUACUGGGUUUGCUGAUUUUGAUGCACCCGUUGAACAACCUGGAGGUGUUGUUCCCAAAAAUCAGGGUUUAGAACAAUUAAAACAACGUUUACCAUGGAAUCAACCUCCUACACCGCCAACAUCUCAACCUGUUCAUACCUCAUCAUCUCAAGUAGCUCAAGGAACAGUUCAAUCAAAUACUACUCAACUGAAACCAAUGAUGUCAUUAAUGUCUACCCCACAACUACAACGGCUAUCACAACAACAAGUUCAACAAUUACAAUUGCAACAGCAAACACAUGCUAAUAAUCAGCUUUUAUCCCAGCAACAAAUACAUAUGCCCCAACAACAAAAUCAAUUUCAACAAAUUCGUACUCAACAAAUGCAACAUUCAAAACAAGUUCAGUUACAACAUGGACAACAGUUGCAAUAUCAACCUAAUCAGCAACAAAUACAACAAACUCAUAUGCAAUUACAACAAGGUCAACAAACUCAUCUUCAAAUUAUGCAAAAAAGCCAACAACAAAAUCAGCAACACAUUCAAAUGCAACAAAAAGUUCAACAAUUGCAGUCUAUUCCUAGUCAACAACUUCAAAAUCAACAGCAACAAGUCGUAUUGCAACAGCAAAAUGUUCAAAUUCAGUCAGGUCAACAACAACAACAAAACGUUCAGCAACUUCAAUCUAGCCAACAGCCUAACCAAAUACCUCUAUUACAGCAACAAACAGUACAAAUCCAGCAUGGUCAAGUACCUCAGUUACAGUCACAGUCUGUUCAAAUUCAGCAGGGUCAGCCACAACAGCAACAAGUUCAAAUACCAGCUCAAUUACAACAACAAACUGUUCAACUUCAACAAGGUCAACAACAGCAGGGUCAACUAACUCAGUUACAAAAACAAACUGUUCAAUUACAACAAAACCCACAGCAUUCUAACCAAUUGCAACAGGGACAACAAAUCCAACAAAUUCAACCGCAACAGAUACAAUUUCAAACAAGUAAUGGUCAGCAAGUACAAUUUCCUCAACAAGUUACUCAAAAUGCUCAAGUUCACUUACAACAACAACAACAGCAGCAGCAACAACAACAACAACAACAACAGCAGCAGCAGCAGCAGCAACAACAACAACAACAACAACAAUCACAACCUCAAUUACAAAAUGUACAGUCUACACAACCUUCUCAAAUUUGUAUUGUUUCAAAUGGACAACAGCUUCAACAGGCUCAAUCUAAUCCAUCAAAUCAGCAGCAACAACUCCUACUUCAACAACAGCAGAGAUUAAUGUUCCAACAACGUAUUGUACAACAAAGUGGUGGUGGGACUGUCUCAACUCAAUGGCGAAUGGCUCAUCCGCCAUCUAAUAUGCCACGCGUUCAAGUUAACCAGCAACAAUCCCAACAAAUUCAACAACAACAAACCUUAGUUAUAGGACAACAACCAACAGUUAAUAUGAAUAAUGCAAAUUCGCAACCAACUACUCAAACUCAGUGGCCCCCACAGCAAACUUUAACUAUUCAAAGAACUAUUCAACAGCCAAUGGAUCAAAGACAAGUAAUAUGGUCACAGCAGUCUCCGCAUGGACCACAACAGAUGAUACACAUGGAUGCAAAAACACAUCAGCAAAUACAGGCUAUGAAUCCUGCCGAACGAUUGGCAUUUAUUAAUAAAUUAACAAAACAAAGGAACCUUGUCUUGCAACAAUUUAAUGCUCGCCAACAACAAGCUGCAGGUGUAGCUGGUGGUACAAAUAUUGUCAGACCAUCAACAACACCUAAUGGUCAGACCACUGUGAUACGUACUCUUAAUCAUCAACUAAUAUCAUCUACUGGGAUGACACCAGCUCAACAAGCACAAUGGAAUCAAAUACGCCAACAACAACUGCUGGUUCAACAACAACAGCAACAACAACAAAUGGCAGGUGGAACAGUUACUACUGGGUUACAAACCAAUGCAAAAACUGUAAGCAAUACAUUGGUGAACAAUCAACAAGUUGCUCAACCGCAAACUACAGUUUGGCAACAGUCACCUGUUACUGAACAAGGACAUCAACAAACUUCUAGUUCUAUGUCUGGUGCUCAAUUGGCACAAAUACAUCAAAGACAACAACAACUCCAACAGUUGAGACUACAACAAUUGCAAAUGGAUGCCUCACAAAAACAACAAACGAUGCAACAGCAGGUAUCUAAGGUUGUCCCUAAUCAAGCACAAAUUGCUGGAGCAAUGCAGCCAAAUGUUGUACAAUCACCUCAAGUUACUGUUGCACAGACUUCAGUUGUUCAGCCACAACAGACGCCAACAUUACCUACAAAUGAGCCAACUGAAACGCAAACACCAAGUCAAGAACCAUUUACACAAACAUCUCAAUCAAAUCAACAAGCGUUGGUUGUAAAUCCUAAGACCAAAACUGCGCUUGCUAAUAUGUUAAGUAUACGUUUACAAAAUGGCAUAUCAUCAUCUACUUCAACACAGCAACAGCAAAUAUCUGGACAAGAAAUUAGUGCAGCAGGGCAACUAAGAUUGAUGACUGCUCAACACCAUGCCGCACAACAACAAGGCAGUACUCAAGGCUCAUAUCAGUCUAGAACAGUUUUAAAUAAUGUUACCAACAAUACUGCAACAAACCGCGCUGCUCAAGUAGUAGGUCGUGCAGCUGUCCCAACUGCAGUCGCUAACAAAACAUUACCCGCAAGCUACAAUCAAUCAGCUGCUGUAAGAGUUGCAGCAGUCUUGGCAAAAAGUGCUGCUGGACAAACUGUUGGUCAUCAACAACUUCCUCAUCAAGCCAGAUUUUUUGGACAUAACCCAAAUCUUAAAUUACCACCCGACAAGUGUUUGCUUGGUUGUAUAUUUCUGAUUGUUGAGUACGAUCGAUGUCCAGAUACUAUAAAAGAAGUACCUACCUGGAAACAAAUCAUCCUUGACCAUGGUGGAGAAAUUGAACCAUCAUACACCUUACGUCUUACGCAUAUUCUUUGUCAAACUCAAAAGCAUCCACUCGUUCAACAGGGUUUGCGUGAUGGAAAAAGAUGUAUUACUGCUUACUGGCUAAGUGAUAUAAUAACCAAACAACAACUUAUGCCUCCAUGGUAUGCCCUUCAUUUUCCUACUCCAUACAGUGAAGAGAGACCAUGCCGACAAAUGUUGAUAUCGCUGACAAAUUUUGAAAAUGAUGAACGCAAUCGUGUUAAAUUCAUGAUAGAAUUGACAGGUGCCCGUGUUACGUCUUACUUUUCUGCUGACAACAACAUUUUAGUUACAAGAAAAUUAGAAGGUAAAAAAGUUAAAAAAGCUAGAGAUAUUAAUCGACCAGUGGUCAAUGUGCAAUGGUUAAAUGAGAUUCUUUUUGGUCAUCUAUCGUGUAUGUAUCAACCAGAGAAUGUCAAGUAUCAACAGUUCAAUCUUAACAAUCCAUUCAGAGUUGAUUAUAAUCUGGUACUUCACUUAAUGGGGGCAUGGAAAAUUCCAAUUAAUGUUACCCAAGAAUUAUAUGACAGGAUACGUAAUAAUCCCGUUCCUGUUAAAAGAAAACGGCCUAGACCAAAUCCUAAUUUCCCAGACCAAGAAAAUAAUGAUUUAAGUACAGCUGAUAUAAUCAUUACAAACAUCAACCCACCACCAAUAGAAUAUCGACCAUGUGUCAUGCUUUCUGGAUUUGGUUUAGGAAAAGAAGAACAACGGAUGGUCUUACAGCUUGGUGGUACAAUUGCUAAAAAUUAUUCAGAUGCUACUCAUUUAGUUAUGAAAGAAUCUGUUAGAACUACAAAAUUUUUAUGUUGUCUUUCAACUGUCAAACACAUUGUAAAUGCCGAUUGGCUUAAAAAUUCUUCUACUCAACAUAUGUUUUUAGGUGAAGCAAUUUACACUAUUGAAGAAGUUUCUGUAGAUCAGAAAGUAAUAUGUAAAGUGCAUAAAAUACUGUCUAAUCCAAAUCGACACGAAUUGUUCAAAGGAAAGAUAUUUUAUGUGACUCCAGGAGUUACUCACCCAUCAGUGUUUAUUGUUCGACAAAUAAUAGAAUCAGCUGGUGGUACUGUUGAAAAACAAAGAAGAUCAUUGAGAGCUAUACAAGAACUUGAACCUAAUACAUAUAUCGUAAUUGCAUCUAAUAAUGAUCUUCAUUUGGUUGCUGAUCUUAUUCGAUCAUCUUAUGGUAUCUAUUCUUCGGAGUUUGUAUUAUCUGCAGUUAUGACACAAUAUGUCAAUUAUGACAUGGCUUAUAAAAAAGCAAAAAAAAUAACGAAUUAGUUACAGAUAUUAACAACUUCAUGUAUAGAGAGAGAACAUGAUUUUAUCUUCUGUAAAAGUUGAUUACCUGAAUAAUGAAAUAGUUGUAUUAUUCAAAUAAUUCAUUUUAUAAUGGCAUUUAAUUUUUUUUUUUUUAUUAUUUU